AUGUCAGGCGGUUUCUCCUUAUCCGACGCUCUGCCCACCAGCACCAACCCGAACCCCUCUGCCCCCCAGCCCCAGGGCUGGCCCUGCUGGGGGAACCAGCCGCCGGCUCCCGGGGGCUUCCCGGCGUACCCCGGCGCUCCGGGGACCUAUCCUGGAGCACCGGGAGCGUAUCCCGGAGCGCCAGGGCCAUUUUCACUGGAUUUCAAGAAAGGGAACGACAUUGCCUUCCACUUUAACCCCCGCUUCAAGGAAGACAACAGGAAAGUCAUCGUCUGCAAUUCGAGGUUCCAUAAUAACUGGGGAAAGGAGGAGAGGACAGCCCCUAGGUUUCCAUUUGAAGCCGGAAAACCCUUCAAGCUCCAGAUCCUCUGCGAGGUGGAUCACUUCAAGGUAGCGGUCAACGACGCUCACUUGCUGCAGUACAGCUUCCGCGAGAAGCAGCUGAGCGAGAUCACCAAGCUGUGCAUCGCUGGGGACAUCACCCUCACCAGCGUCCUGUCGACCAUGAUAUAA